GCUCCUCUUGCAGUACGAGCUCAUCGAGAUUAAGGACCGCCAGAACAACCGCGUGGCCCAGUGGUUAGACCGCAGCACAGAUGGAAGGAUGGUACAGUUGACCUUUGACCUGGACCCUCAGGCCAAAGAAGGCAGCUACUCUGUGUCUGUGAAGGUCAAAGGGGCGAGACAUGAGAUUACACACAAAUUUGAUGUGGAGAAGUAUGUUCUGCCAAAGUUUUCUGUUGAAGUGGAGGCUCCAGCUGAAGUCAGCAUCGCUCCGGAUGAAUUCCCAUUCAAAGUGUGUGGAAAAUACACUUUUGGUCAGCCGGUGCCGGGGUCGGUGCAGCUCACUCUGGGCAAAAGCGACGGUGCCGGUGAUACCCGCAUAGAUUAUAUACAUAAAAACAGCAGUAUCCAAAACCAGCAGGUGUCCAAAGAUGGCUGUGCGUCCUUCUCCUUCCAAACAUCUGAGUUAAAAAAGCUCACGCCCACAUCCAUAAUGACUGGUCAUCAUGAAGUAUACAGUCACUACACCAUACACGCCAUGAUGACUGAAGAGGGAACAGGCCUGAAGCAGGAGAAUAAACAGUGGGUGAAGAUCUCGUAUGAACUUGGGAAAGUGGAGUUUGUGAAUCCUCCCACAAGAUACAACAGUGGAGACGUACUGGAGCUACAGGUGAAAGCGGUGCAUUACAACAACACUCCGGUCUCUAACACUGACAUCCAUCUAUUGAAAAACAAUGAUCUGCUCCACACCCUGAACACCGACCAGGACGGGGUCGCUACCUUCAAGUUCAACACCAGCCAAUACACAGGCCGCAUCAGACUCAAGGCGAGUCUGUAUAACGAGUCUGUGUCCACUCGCAUGAACCCGCACUUCACCACUGCGUCUCUGUCCCUGCUGGAGAUCAAAGCCCCCUCCCUCCACACCAAGACCACCUCGACUCUGGAGGUCGUCGGCGAGGACCGGACCCUGACGUGUGGGGCCAAAGAGAGUUUCACCGUGGGCUACAACAUUGUGGGAGAGGGCCAAGGGAAAGCCACCCUCAUCUAUCUGGUCCUGUCCCGAGGAGUCAUCGUUAAAUAUGGACACUACACCACGUACAUGGACACAAUAAUGCAGGGGGAGUUGACCUUUAACAUGGAGAUCACCAGUGACAUGGCCCCCGCUGUGACCCUGGUGACCUACGCAGUCCUGCCCAGUGAAAGUGUCAUCGCUGCAUCCAAAGAGUUCAACACAGAGAAGUGCUUCGGUCACAAGGUGCAGUUGGAGUUCGCUCCUCCCUCCUCGGUCCCUGGGGAGCAGAGCUCUCUCAAAGUCUCAGCUGCUCCUCUGACUCUGUGUGGAAUCAGUGCAGUGGACAAGAGCGUCCUCAUCCACAAACCAGGAAAAAGUCUGGACGCAGACAAGUUGUUCUCCCUGUUGCCGGUCCAAAGGGCGGAGCAGUUUCCGUAUCAUAUUGAAGAUGAUUUGGGCUGUGUGAAAGUGCGAACCAGGAAAAGUCUUUAUCUCCCAGAGAGACCAGACAAGGAUGAUGUCUAUCACAUACUCAAGGGUCGAGGACUCAAAAUGGCGACUAAUCUGUUCAUCCGGACUCCAACAUGUGUGAACUUGAGAGGGAAUGAGUACUUUAAAAACCGUUACGGCUACAGUUCUCCACGACACGGCUUCAGGGGACCUCUGAGAGGGAUGCCGACGCCACAGAUGUUUCACUUGGCUUACGAAGAUACACCUGCUCGUCCUCCUCCUCCUGUGAUCCAAACUGUCCGAACCUUCUUCCCCGAGACCUGGAUCUGGGACCUGGUGGAAGUGGGAGCCUUGGGCCACGUGACGCUGCCCCUCACAGUCCCAGACACUAUCACCACGUGGCAGACCGAAGCCUUCUGCCUGUCGCCGCAGGAGGGAAUCGGACUGGCGCCCCCACAGCAGCACACCGUGUUUCAGCCAUUCUUCCUGGAGCAGGUCCUGCCGUACUCCAUCAUCAGAGGAGAGAGCUUCGAACUGAAGGCGACUGUCUUCAACUACCUCUCCUCCUGCAUCAUGAUGGACGUGCGUGUAGCGCCCUCUGCUGACUUCACUCUGACCCCUCUGUCCUCAGACCAGUACACGUCCUGUCUCUGCGGCAACGAACAAAAGACCCUGAGCUGGACUCUGCUCGCCUCCUCCCUCGGUGAUUUAAACAUUACCGUGACAGCAGAGGCCAUACCGUCGGCGGUCCAGUGUGAUAAUGAGGUCAUGAGUGUUCCAGAGAGAGGGCGCAAGGAUGUGGUGACCAGAGUGCUCCGGGUCCAGGCUGAAGGAUCGGAGGUGUCAAAGGCCUUCAACUGGCUCCUCUGUCCCAAAGGGAAGUCUCUGAAGGAGCAGGUGGAGUUGACUCUGCCGGAAAAUGUGAUCCCUGGAUCUGCCCGAGCCUCAGUCUCUGUCCUGGGAGACAUUUUGGGUCGUGCCAUGAAGAACUUGGACGGUCUGUUGAAGAUGCCUUAUGGAUGUGGAGAGCAGAACAUGGCUCUGCUCGCACCAAACAUCUACAUCCUCCAGUAUCUGAACACCACACAGCAGCUCAGCCCCGAGGUGAACGAGAGGGCCCUCAAGUUCCUCAGCAGCGGAUACCAGAGACAGCUGAACUACAAAGACCGUCAUGGAGCCUACAGCACCUUCGGACGAGGAGAAGGGAACACAUGGCUGACGGCGUUCGUGGUGCGGUGCUUCGCUAAGGCCCAGGCGUUUGUUUACAUCGACCCAAAGAAGGUGCACCAGUCUCAGGAGUGGCUCGAGACCAGACAGAUGGACGAUGGUUGUUUCGAGCCUUCAGGAAAACUAUUCAACAACAGGAUGAAGGGCGGAGUGUCUGAUACCGUCACCCUCAGCGCUUACAUCACAGCUGCUUUUCUGGAGAUGAACAGGUCUAGAAAUGACUCGGUGAUCCAAAACAGCCUCUCCUGUCUGAAGAACCACUCUAAGAACAUGGAGAACAUCUACACCACAGCUCUGAUGGCUUAUGUCUUCAGUUUGGCCAGAGACACAGAGACUCACGCUCAGCUCCUAAACAAACUGCGCUCUCAAGCCACAGAGGAAGAUACACGGGUGCACUGGUCCUCCUCCUCCUCCUCCUCCUCCUCCCUCUCGGUGGAGAUCGCCUCGUAUGUGCUCCUCUCCAUUCUCUCUCAGUCGUCUGUGAGUCUGGAGGACCAGGGCUACACCUCCAAGAUCGUCCGCUGGCUCACGGGAGAACAGAAUUCUUAUGGAGGCUUCAGGUCUACUCAGGACACAGUGGUGGCGCUGCAGGCACUGUCCAUGUACUCCGCAAUGAUCUUCAAUCCGGACGGGUCCAGCUCAGUUCUGGUCCAGGAUCUGAACCGGCCUACAGAGGGGUCUUUAUCCUUCACCGUGGAGCCGAGCAACAAGCUGCUGUACCAGGAGCGUGCUCUAGGGGGCGCCGCAGGGCAGUACAGUGUGGAGGUGACGGGGAGCGCCUGUGCCUCUGUGCAGAUCUCGCUGCAUUAUAACAUCCCGACCCCGUCUGAGGUCAGGACUCUGGGGGUAAAGGUCGAGAGUCAGAUGGAUUGUGGAGGCUCUGCGCUCCAGCUCCACCUAGAGGCUCAAUACUUUGGAGAUCUGAACAGCACGAACAUGGUGAUCCUGGACGUGAAGGUGCUCUCAGGAUUUGUGCCGGACGAAAAAUCUGUCAAGAACCUGGAGUCUCUGAAUGACAUCGACCGAGUGGAGCAAAACGGUGACCACAUUCUCAUCUACAUCAGUGGGUUGUCCACAGACCAGCCGGUGACCUGUUCUCUGCGUCUUAUUCGGGAGACUGUGGUCCACAACCUCAAACCUGCUGUGGUCAAAAUCUACGACUACUACCAGCCAAGUGAUGAGGCAGAGACAGAGUACACCUCCCCCUGUGCUGCACCAACGAAAGACUAAACAUCUGAUACAAGUAUUACAUCACAAAUAAAUACAACGAUAAUACAAACACUUUUACACAAUACACUGUGAUUUUCUACAUUAAAGGUUUGUACUUUGUGUUCUAUUCC